CAUCAAAGUGAAAGUAGACAGAGUCAGGAGAAGGAGUCAGAACUUUGUGGUUGUUUGUUGUGAUGUUUAUUGUUGAUUUUCGUGUUUAUAUCUUUGCUACAGGUGUAAUUUGUUUCAUCUAAAAGUAAACAGCGAAACAUGUUAAGUUUAUAUCACGUUGUUUCUUUUUGUGUUAUGCUGUUGUCAAUAAUUUCGUCUGCACAUUCCGGGAACACAGACACAGAAGAAGACAUAGACUGGUCAAAAACGAAAAUAUGGGGACCGGGGUUAAGAGCAGACUUUUGUGUACCAGCAAGAUACUUCUUUAUUCAGCUUAUAAAGUUCAACGGAGACAAUUACACGCAGUCUGCAGGUGAGAGGCCUUUCGAGGUCGGGCUUUCCCAGGUGGGGGGACAGCGUGUGCGGGUGUAUAUGCGGGUCCUUGACAAGAAGGACGGCAUGUACCUCAUCACUUUUCGCAUCUACGAGACACUCAGAGAUCUGCAGAUCACCAUCACUAAGGACGAUAAACAGCUAGGAGAUUCACCCUUCUCACUGACAGGCCCAGUCCUUCAAGAUCAAUGUUACUGUCCUCAACCCAGCCUACAGCAAUGGUAUGACACAAUGUCCUGCCCCCAGUCAUACACUCAGAUCGAGUCAGACCUGUCCAUUUUUCAUCAAGUUGACCUAGAAGAGACUGCUGCUGAAACGAUACAGCGGUUUAAUAUCUCCAGGAUCUGGGUACUCAAUAAGAUGAGACACCAACAACACCGCGCCUCCAAAGGUAAAUACUACGACGAGGGUGACUCAUGGACGGACUGUCCGUUCCACUGUACCUGCGUGGACGGCUCGAAGGGGAACUUCAAUUGUGAAGAUGUAUGCAACCCUAUACGCCCGCUUCCGCCCGUCUGUCAGGAGUCGACGGAUUGUUGUGCCAAAAUUGGAUGUGGUGCCACAAACUUCGUUGGAAAGUAA